AAGGAGCCAUUGAGUUCCUUCACCCUACUUGUGAUGAUAUACACUCCAUUUUCCGAAGUGUAUGCUGGCUCUUGCUACUCAGCAGUAUCGACACAGACCGUAAUGAGCCCGCUUCAAAUAUACAACGAAUCCCGGUACGGAACGCUCAAUAAUCUCGACUAUCGAAACGAUAUAGGGGUUUUUCCUAGAGAAACACAUUCUGCCUCUGUGAACACACUUUCUUUGGAUGGCAUUUACAACAGGUUUUUGUUGUCUGGCUCGUCUGAUUCCUCAAUCAAGCUCUGGGACUUGCAGUCGAUGACGGUAGACGAAGUCAGCGGCCAAAGGAGAUUCAAGCCCUCUGUAACGUUGCCAAGGAAAAGCGUGCACUCUUUUGGGGUUACCAAAGUCAAGUGGUGGCCUGAUAAUGGCAUGUGGCUUUCGUCUUCUUACGACUUCAAGCUGAAUCUCUACGACUCGAACACAAUGGAUGUGGCCCACUCGUUCAAACUAGGAUCCAGAAUCUUGGACUUUGACUUCCACCCUCUCGGUGAUAUCUCAACUGUAGCAUGUUGCUUGGACGGCGGUGUCGGUGGCUUGAAACUUGUGGACCUACGUACUUUGUCCGACACACAGAACUUGGGGGGCGGAGGAAAGAUGAUGGGAGGAGUUGGCUACAUGUCAAGCUGUUGCUGGUCCCCAGCAAGCCCUUACCUUUGUAUCGGCGGCGGAGUAGAAGGAUCAUGUUAUGGGUGGGAUAUCCGAAGCUCUAAUAAGUUUUUGCUUGAGCUCGACGUGAACCUCACUGCGGCCAGCUACAAGAAGAAACAGUCGAAUAAGCGCAAACGGGACCUCAAACUCAAAUGCAAAGCCCACCAUGGCGCUAUAAACUCUGCUCAGUUCAACGCUUCCGGCACAGAAUUGAUAACUUUAGGCAACGAUGAGAAGCUCCGAAUAUGGGAUAUGUGCUCUUUCCGGAAACCGGUCAACAAGGCCCUAAACUUCGGGCCUUUGAUCAGAAAUAAAACGAAGCAGCACAUCGAGCUGUGCCUCAGUCCUGCUGCGGAAACGGAAGUCUCAUUUCUCUGGGUGCCAUCAGAUAGCGGCGAAGUCUUAGUGUACCGGGUAGAGGAUGGAAGCUUAGUUGCACGACUAAACAAGGCCUCGGAUAGGCUAGGCCAAAAUCGAUCUUACUCCGUUGUGUGCACGGGCCACAACAGGGUCCGGUAUUUUUCCGGAUGCAAGGACGGAAGCAUCAGUGUCUGGGGACAUGAUGACUUGAAGCAAAAACAACAAUCUGACAUCCCGGUACCUUUUGACAACGGUGUCGACCUCGUUGAACCAGAGUAAACCAGCUGUACAAUAGUAACUUGGAGAAGUAUGAUAUUUAUAUAUAUAUGUAUAUUAACUGGGAUGAAAUAACGAACACGA